GCGCGCUUAGGUGGCACGCAUCACUUACUACUAUUAUAAACUCACUAUAAAACACUCGCCAUUCCGAAUCUCUCGUGGCGCAAUGUCGACGACGGCUUUGAUCAACGGCUGUAGCCUUAGCUCUCUCUCCCCCGCCGCCCAGCCUUCCCGCAAACCACCGUCUUCUUCUUCCCGUUUCGCCGUCUUUGCCACCCUCAAUACGCCGUCGUCUUCUUCUUCCUCUUUUCCCAGCCUUAUCCGAAACCAGCCCGUUUUCGCCGCCCCUGCUCCCAUCAUCACCCCUACCUUGAGACCUGAUAUGGCGAACGACAACUACGAGGAAGCCAUUCAGGGUCUCAGAAAGCUUCUCAGUGAGAAGGAAGAAUAUGGUCCGGUGGUAGCUGCAAGAAUCGGUGAGAUCACUGCCCAGUUGCAAACAUCAUCAGCUGACAGUUCCAAAAUUGCCGAUCCCGUCGAGAGGAUCAAAGCUGGCUUCAUUCAUUUCAAAAAAGAGAAAUACGAGGCAAACCCAGCAUUGUAUUCUGAACUUGCCAAGGGACAGAGCCCCAAGUUUAUGGUGUUUGCGUGCGCGGAUUCUCGGGUGUGCCCAUCACACGUGCUGGAUUUCCAACCCGGAGAGGCAUUCGUGGUCAGAAACAUUGCCAAUAUGGUCCCUGCCUAUGAUAAGUUGAAAUACUCAGGAGUUGGAGCCGCAAUUGAGUAUGCUGUUUUGCAUCUUAAGGUGGAGAACAUAGUAGUGAUUGGGCACAGUGCCUGUGGUGGCAUCAAGGGGCUCAUGUCUUUCCCUGACAAUGGACCAACUUCAACAGAUUUCAUCGAAGACUGGGUUAAAAUCUGUUUACCUGCCAAGCACAAGGUCAUAGCAGAAAAUGGCAGUCUACCUUUUGGAGACCAGUGUACACUCUGUGAGAAGGAAGCGGUGAAUGUGUCACUGGGAAAUUUGUUGACAUAUCCAUUCGUGAGAGAAGGUCUGGUGAAGAAAACACUGGCAAUUAAGGGAGGUUACUACGACUUCAUCAAAGGAGCAUUCGAGCUGUGGGGACUGGACUUCGGUCUUUCUCCUCCACUUUAUAUAUAAACUGGAAUGCCAUCCUUUUCAAUAAUUGCUUCUUCCGCCCUAACAUUUUCCCUCCUCCCAAGUCCCAUCUCAAUCUCCCUUACCGUGUAAUGCUGCUGUAUCCGGCGUAUAUAAAACAGAGCACAACUAUAUGAAUAAAAUUUCGAGAUUCCUACCGUUUAC